CAUUCAUAAUAAUAACAAGUGAAACGCAUAUCCUACGCAUUUUUUUAUAGGAAAUACUAUUUACUUACUUUGAUAAACAGUUGCAUAAACACUAUAAGUAAACUAUAAGUACUUAUUAAUAUAUAAAAAUAAAAGAAACCAUGACUGCCCGAAAUCCACAGACAUUAAUGGAGCUUCCUAAAGAAGAGAAUUUUGAUUUUCUCUUUAAAGUCGUUUUAAUCGGGGAUUGUGGAACAGGGAAAACCUGUAUUGUUGAACGUUUCAAGACAGGUAACUUUAUAGAAAGACAUGGGAAUACCAUUGGCGUAGAUUUUUCAAUGAAAACUAUCAAUGUCGAGGGCAAGCAAGUGAAGUUACAAAUUUGGGAUACGGCAGGGCAGGAGAGAUUUCGUACAAUUACACAAAGUUAUUAUCGGUCAGCUAAUGGAGUAAUUAUCGUUUAUGACAUCACGAAGCGUAGUUCCUUUUCGAAUCUGCAAAAGUGGAUUGAAGAAGUGCGAAGAUAUACUGCCUCUAAUGUACUUCUCAUACUGGUAGGGAAUAAAUGUGAUCUCGAAGAAGAACGUGAAGUGGAAUUUGAUGAAGCACAACAAAUGUGCCAGUAUAUACCAGAAAUACUAUUCGUUAUGGAAACAUCAGCAAAAGAAAAUAUGAAUGUGGAAGAUGCUUUCCUAUGUCUUGCCACAGAACUUAAGCGACGUCAUGACGUUAGUGAUGUAAAGCAAGAUGAAGAUGAUGCGAUACGUUUGGGACAGAGUAAGCCCUUAAAAAGUUGCAGCAGUUCGUGUAAUUUAACGUAAAAAUGUAACAAUAUUUAGUUUUUUGUUAAGCAUUUUUUGUUUUGUUAUUAAUUGUGAUCUAAGGUUUUAGUUCAAAUUUUAUUUAUUUACACUAACUUAAAAGAACUUGUAGUCUUUUAUAAAUAAUCAGUAUAGUAGUUUUACGUGGGAGUUAAAACAACAACAAAAUUAGAAAAAUACUCUUCAAAAGUUUUUAAAGAAAAAUUAUCUAAACAGUUUUUUAAGUAAAAUUUAUAAUCGUCAGAUUAGAUUUCUUGAUGGUGGAAUGUUUGCAUAUAGCUCAUAAUAGCUCAUUUCUAGCAACAAAAGACCACCACCACUUUUUGAUGUGAUUUCUAAUUCAAUCUGUUGCUUAUGGAAUAUCUUAUGUUGUAACCCGAGCGACCUUCUGGUGUUAUUCCUAUCGGAGAAAUGCAAUCAGCUGUUGGUUGUAGACGAGUGGUUAAGGCAUGCAUACCCUGCCGCUACUAGAAUCUAGUAUUUCUUAUUAUUUUAUUCUCUUUUAUUGUAUAUCUCGUUCAAAUUAUUGGUCUCAUAUCUUUAGUUUUAAACUUUAUUUUUUAAAAACAGAUUAUAUUUUGUUAUAAAUUGUAUUAUCUACCGGUCCCACCAUC